CGAAAAUAAUAUCAGCCUCCACGGAAGAAAGGGCCAAACCGGGCGCCUGCUUCUUCUCUUCCGGCCUUGACAUCGAGCUGAUCGUAAACCUUCCUUUCUCUUCCAUCCAUGGAUAGGAGCGGGAAGGUCUUGCGCUCCACGCUGUUCCUGGAUCAGGUCGGCGAGGUUGUCGUCACCCUCGAUCCCGACGGCUUGUCCUGGAAACCCCUCGAUAGGGGUUCAGUUGCAUCUUCGUGCUUGUGCAUGAAACGUCAUUCAAAGAUUGAAACUGAGGUCAAUUUUUCAAAUGUCUACGCUGUAGAAUUUAUUGAUCGAGGCUUGAUUCAUGACUCUCAUUGGAAUUGUGGCAGGUUUCUUUUGGGCAGUACCUCUGAGAUGUACCGGUUUGUGGUGCAUGGAUUUCAUAAACCCAAAACGUGUUGUUCUCCUUGGGUUCUUUCUGAGUACACUUUCGGGCAUGAGGAUUUGCAGAAAUGCCAAAUGUGGGUGGAAGACAUAAAUGCUUAUAUGAAAGAUGGAGCUGGAAGGCCAAAGAGUCUUUUGGUCUUUGUACAUCCAUUAUGUGGGAAAGGAAAAGGAAACAAAACUUGGGAAAUGGUUGCUCCUAUAUUUUCCCGUGCUAAAGUACAAACAGAGGUGAAAGUGACUAAGAGGGCAGGGCAUGCAUUUGAUAUAAUAUCAUCUUUAUCAGAUGGAGAACUUUGUUCUUUUGAUGGCAUUGUUGCUGUGGGGGGUGAUGGUCUCUUUAAUGAAGUUCUGAAUGGCCUUCUUUCCUCAAGGCACAAGGGUCCUUAUCCACCAGCUCCAACAGAGUUCGGUUAUUCUGUAAAUGAUGAAAAGAAUCAAAUGUUUGGAAAUAAUAGCAAUAAUAAUGGUAGAGCCUAUUGUAAUGAUGAAAAUGGCUUGUCUCCUGAGACUUCUUCUCAAAGUGACGAUCAUGAACCUCUUCUCUCAAAUUCAGAAUCUAAUGGAGUGGGCAUCCCAAAAUUCACAAAUAAAUGUGGACCAUGUAAUACAGAUCAAAAUCCUGUAAUUUCCUUCCCAAAUGAUUGGUUUAGACUUGGAAUAAUUCCAGCCGGCUCCACUGAUGCUAUUGUGAUUAGUACUACUGGCAUGCGAGAUCCUGUAACAUCUGCUUUGCACAUUGUCCUUGGCAAGAGCAUGUCACUUGAUAUAGCUCAGGUUGUCAGAUGGAAAACUAGCCCUUCAUCCAUGGAUUUGCCUUAUGUACGCUAUGCAGCUUCUUUUGCAGGGUAUGGAUUCUAUGGAGAUGUCAUCAAGGAGAGUGAAAAAUAUCGUUGGAUGGGCCCUGUACGUUAUGAUUUUGCUGGGACAAAGGUGUUUCUGGAACACAGAUCAUAUGAGGCAGAAAUAGCUUUCCUGGAAACUGAAAAUUUUGAUCCACUUACUGGCAUAACAGAUACUGGGGGAAAUAAGACACAAUCAUCACGACUUUCUGGACAAAAUUCUAACAAAGUGAUUUGCCGUAUGAACUGCACUGUCUGUAAUCAGACAAAAAAUUCUGCUCAGUUUCCUUCAAAUAGAGCCAUCACUAGCCCCAACAUUCAUUCUGAGAACUCAAGAUGGCUGCAAUCUAAGGGACGCUUCAUCAGUGUUGGCGCGGCAAUUAUUUCUUGUCGUAAUGAAAGAGCUCCUGAUGGUUUGGUGGCUGAUGCGCACCUUGCUGAUGGAUUUCUUCAUCUUAUACUUGUCAAAGAUUGUCCUCGUCCAUACUACUUAUGGCAUCUUAUGCAGCUUACAAGGAGCGGUUUGAACCCUCUAAACUUUGAUUUUGUGGAACAUCAUAAAACACCUGCAUUUACCUUUGCUUCAUCACAUGAUGGAAGUGUUUGGAACUUGGAUGGCGAGAUCCUUCAAGCAUGCCAAGUCUCUGUACAAGUAUGCCGAGGUCUCAUCAACUUCUUUGCAUCAGGGCCUGAAGUUUAACAAUAUUCUCCAAGCCGACCCAUGUGUUCCUGUAAAAGGAAGAAUCAUAUGAGUGAGUUAUGGAUGAUCCCUGCACUGCUUCUGAUGGGUAUACAUACCACUGAAAUGUGAAGGAGACACGGCUCAGAAGAAAUGAUGAGUCUCUUCUUUCUGCAAUCAAGGACUGGAAGUCCAGGACCGAAUGACCUGCAAAGCUGUGUCCUAGAAGGUCAUUGUCAUAGUUCACAUAAUCAGGAGAAGCCCACCUCCAUACAAUAACGGUAGAGAUCCCACGCAUCAUUGGGAGGACAUUGACAAUGUCCAUUGGGACUUUGAAAUGCUAGUAGUUUCAAGAUAGUGUAUAUGCAACAUCCACAGUGAAACAAGUUUAGAAUGGUAGAACAUAAAGGUUCUAAAUAGAGCAAUAUCUGACAUAUGCCCAACGAAGUUUUGUUCUGUGAAACAGCUCUUUUCAGGACACAAGCUCUCUUUCGGCCAGUUUCAUGCAUCA